AUGGAGCCGGGGGUAGUUGACUUGGUUCGCAGAGCGGAGAAAGAGGGUCGGUAUGAGCUGCUCGUGUUCUGUACCCCCGGACUGCAAAGGUCGUGUCUUUCUCGUGCUGUUGCCGGGGCUAGCGUCGAUCUGGUGCUUGAGGUUGAUAUGGAAGGCGAUCAUUUUGCGCGCCGCCCGCAUCCUUCGGAGCACGUGGAGGCCUCGAUCGAAGCCCGUUGGGUUGAACAGCAAAAAGUCCUGGGCGACAAUCUCUGGAACGCAAGCAAAUUUCGUCUCAACGCAAUUAGGGUUUCGUGUCGCCACGAGCAGGGCGUUGUCCAUCGAAAAUUUCACCUUGAGGUCGGAGCGACUGAUUAUCGUGCGCACCAGGGAACGACGCUUGCACCGAAUGCACUGAAAGCCUUCCGCUCAGCAGAGCGAGGCGCUCCAUGGUGUCAUCUCGCUAACGCUAUUGGCAACGCGGCCAUCCUGGAGACAGCAGAUGGCAAGAUUGUGUGCCAGCGCCGUAGCAGUCGCUUGGGGGAAGCCAGCGGACGCUGGGUCCUUCCGGGCGGGCAUCCAGAGCCAUCGAAUGUUGCAACCUCCAUCGACGUGACUCAGGGGGUCUGGCAGGAAUUUCUAGACGCGGUGAAGAGCGAACUAUGCGACGAGUUGAAUCUGCCGACUUGCAGAGUAUCUGAUCCAGUGUUUCUCGGUCUUGUUCGUCGGAAGGUCGACUGGCGACCGACGUACGCGUGCUGGUGCACUACCUCGUUGACAUCAACGGAAGUGGAAUAUUUAUGGAUGCAGGGCGGCAAAGACACUGGUGAGUCGACGAUGCUCUAUUUUUUGAAAAUUCCCGCUCACGACGAUGAUCUCCUUUUCCCAACCGAUUCGUACGCAAUGUUCUUUGAGGCAUGCGGACUCAGGGGUCAGCGUGCGGAGCAUGAGACCGACCAGCGCUCGCCGCUCUUCCCGAAUGAAAUGGUAGAAGAUCAUCGAGGCGCAUUGUGCCUGUACUGGAUACAGCGCCUUUUCGUGGCGGAGUUGCUACCGAUGAGCCAUGACGUCUGCGAAUAUUUUUUGCGCCCAAUUCCGAAAUGA